AUGCCUCCGACGAGACUGUUCUGUGGGAACUGCUUUAAAUAUUACUGCGACACGUGCUUGACAUUCCAUGCAAAAGUCCUCAAAGAACAUAUUGUGUUCGGAGGUAAGGGUGUGGACAAGUUUGUGGGUCAGGAAAACGCCCUGAUAACAUGUGACUUUCACCCUCCUAAGAUCUUGGAACUGCUUUGUGACGACCACGCUGAGCUGUGUUGUAAUCUCUGCGUAGCACUUAACCACAGGAUGUGCCGGAGCAUAAGCUUGAUAUCGGACGUAGCCAGUGGCGUUUACAAGAUGGACGACUUCACGCAGCUUCCCUCUAAAGUAACCAAGGUAUUAGCAAGCCUUAAAAAAGUGGGUGAGGCCAGAAAAAAGAACUAG